AUGGAGACAAGUAAACGCGAAGAUCCGCUGGACGCCAUCUCGUCGCCGAGCAACCCGGCGCACUGGUACGCCUACGCCUCGUCGGCCUUCCUCGUGUCGCUCUCGGUGCCCCUCCUUCUCUUCCCGCGACUGCUGCUGCUGCUGUCGACACCGCGCGGGGCGGUGGGGCAACCCUCCAAUGGCGGAGACAGCCAGAGUGCCAUCAGUGCCAUCGGGCCUGAACUCACGCCGCUCGAGCGCUACGCCUCGCACACGAAUGCCAUCUCGAUGCUUGCCGUAGCCGCACUUGUGCUCGUGCUCUCCGGCGCGAUUCCCGUCUCCACCGCGCCCAUGCCCGACAGCGCUUCGGCGGGCAAAUCGCCGUUCCGCAUCCCCACUGUCGUCGUCACCGCGCUCUACUUUGCCGCCAACGCCUUCACCGCCUGGACCCAGUCCGGCCCGCGCGUCGCUGCGUCCAAAGCCAACCCGGCCGACCUGGGCAUCGGCACCUUCGGCAAGGUCGUCGGCAUCGCCCACGCCGGCUUUGCCUUCUGGGGCUUCGGCGUCUUCUUGUUCGGAAACGAUCUCACCAGGAACAGGAAGAAGGCCGGCGACAGCAGCGCCAAGGACAAGUCCGUCAGCAGCUUUCCCUUCAAGAACCAAUACGCAAGCGAGGAGAAGGCGAAAAAGUCGAGCUGA